AUGCGACCGCUGCCUUGUCGGCAUAUUGACUGUGGAAUGGGCUUGGAGAGAAUGACAGCAGUCCUGCAAAAUGUUCAUUCCACCUACGAUACGGAUAUCUUUGCGCCGUUGAUCGAUGAAAUCUCAAAGUGCACGAACUGCGGAAAAUAUGAAGGUUUGAUGGGGCAAGCCGAUAAACAUGGUCGUGAUACAGCCUAUCGUACUGUUGCCGAUCAUCUACGUGCUUUAUGCAUAGCGAUUUCGGAUGGCGUUAGACCGGAUGCCACAGGCCGAGGGUAUGUGUUAACGUUUGUUGAGAAUCUAUCAAAUUCGUAA